AUGAUAUCAAGUUUCCGUGUGUCUGAGCUGCAAGUGCUGUUGGGCUUUGCUGGACGUAACAAAAGUGGUCGAAAACAUGACCUCCUGAUGAGGGCACUGCACUUGCUGAAGAGUGGCUGCAGCCCGGCCGUUCAGCUGAAGAUCCGCGAACUGUACAGGCGCCGGUACCCCAGGAUGAUCGAAGGACUCUCGGACUUGCCUGCCAUCAAACCCGGGGUGUUCAACCUGGACAGCAGCUCCCCUCCUGUCGAGCCUGACCUGGCUGUUGCUGGCAUUCACCCCCUCCCGUCGACUUCAGUCACGCCUCAGUCUCCCGCCUCGCCCGUCAGCCCCGUGCUGCUCCAGGACGCUAAGCCCCACUUUGACAUGCAGCAGCCAUCCCCGCCCAUUCCACCCGUGCAUCCUGACGUUCAGCUGAAGAGCCUGCCUUUCUAUGAUGUGCUGGAUGUGCUCCUGAAACCAACGAGCCUGGUACAAAGCAAUAUUCAGAGAUUCCAAGAGAAGAUUUUUAUCUUCGCUUUGACACCUCAGCAAGUCAGAGAAAUCUGCAUUUCCAGGGACUUCUUGCCAGGAGGCAGGAGGGAUUACACAGUCCAAGUUCAGCUAAGGUUGUGCCUAGCAGAGACAAGCUGCCCUCAAGAAGACAAUUACCCAAACAGUCUGUGUAUUAAAGUGAAUGGGAAGCUGUUCCCGUUGCCGGGAUAUGCUCCACCACCCAAAAAUGGAAUUGAGCAGAAGCGACCCGGGCGCCCCUUGAACAUAACCUCUCUGGUGAGGCUGUCGUCAGCAGUGCCAAACCAGAUUUCCAUUUCCUGGGCUUCUGAAAUUGGAAAGAACUACUCCAUGUCUGUGUACCUCGUUCGUCAGCUCACUUCAGCUAUGCUUCUGCAGAGGCUGAAGAUGAAAGGCAUCAGAAACCCCGACCAUUCCAGAGCACUAAUUAAGGAGAAACUAACUGCAGAUCCUGAUAGUGAGAUUGCCACAACCAGUCUGCGAGUGUCUCUGAUGUGUCCUCUGGGGAAAAUGAGACUGACAAUCCCAUGCCGUGCUGUGACUUGCACACACCUGCAAUGUUUUGAUGCUGCUCUUUAUCUCCAAAUGAAUGAGAAGAAGCCUACCUGGAUCUGCCCUGUCUGUGACAAUAAGGCAGCUUAUGAGAGCCUGAUACUGGAUGGGCUCUUUAUGGAAAUCCUUAAUGAAUGUUCAGAUGUGGAUGAGAUCAAAUUCCAAGAAGAUGGCUCCUGGUGUCCCAUGAGGCCAAAGAAAGAAGCUGUGAAAGUCUCAAGCCCACAGUGCACAACAAUAGAAA